AUGGCCUUCAACGGCACUUGGAAAAUAGACAGAAAUGAAAACUAUGAGAAGUUCAUGGAGGCGCUGGGUGUUAACAUGAUGAAGAGAAAGCUGGGUGCCCAUGACAAUCUGAAGAUCACUAUCCAGCAAGAUGGGAACAAAUUUACUGUCAAAGAAGCCAGUAACUUCCGUACCAUAGAGCUGGAAUUCACCCUGGGAGCCAAUUUUGACUACAGCCUGGCUGAUGGGACUGAAAUGAAUGGAAAUUGGAACCUGGAAGGAAAUAAACUUGUGGGCACAUUUACCAGAAAAGACAAUGGAAAAGUACUCAAAGCAUACAGAGAAAUUGUAGGUGAUGAACUUGUUCAGACCUAUAUAUAUGAAGGAGUUGAAUCCAAGAGAAUCUUCAAAAGGGGCUGA